CCCCGUAUUUUUGCCUCAAGAUUCGGAUCGAUUAUUGACGUUGAACACUACCACCUUGCUUAUUUAUUUUUUAGGCGAGUAUUUGUUGGCUACCAUUUUGUGCAGAGUUUUUAAACCUACCAAAAAAAUGGUUACAACAGUUAAAAACAACAAACUUAAAUGGCUAUCCCUUUUUAUUUUAAUUGCACAAACAACCGCUUUGGUGUUGACUUUACGUUAUUCCCGAACACAAACAGGGGAAGGACCCAAAUAUUUAUCUUCUACAGCCGUUUUGAUGGCAGAAAUUGUUAAAUUUAUAACUUGUGUUUUUGUGUUAUUUUUUCAAAAUGAUUGGAGUUUUGAUCGGUUAUUGAGAGUUUUGAAUGCCGAUGUUUUUAAUAGAUUAAAUGAAACGACUAAAAUUGGUGUGCCUGCAUUGCUUUAUGUUAUACAAAAUAAUUUAUUAUUUCUUUCACUUUCAAAAUUAGAUGCGGCAACAUAUCAAGUCACUUAUCAACUCAAAAUCCUCACAACAGCCUUCUUUUCAGUUACUAUGCUCAAUAAAAAAUUAAAUAUUUUAAAAUGGAUAGCUUUACUUUUGCUAACUGGCGGGGUAGCUCUUGUACAGCUUCCGAAAAAUUCUCUAAAACCCAAUAUUGUUUACGACCACAAUUCCAGCGACAGAUUAAUUGGACUUUUUGCAAUUUUAGCUGCUUGUUUUUCUAGUGGAUUUGCUGGGGUUUAUUUGGAAAGAAUUUUAAAAACUGCUUCGGUUCAACUUUGGACUCAAAAUUUGUUACUUUCUUUCUUCAGUAUUUUUGGGGCUUUUGCAAUGACUUGGAUUUAUGAUUGGGAACAAGUAAAACUGUGGGGGUUUUUUCAUGGAUAUAAUACAACUAUUUGGAUUGUUGUGGCUUUACAGGCUUAUGGAGGUCUAGUAAUUGCUUUAGUCGUUAAAUAUGCGGAUAAUAUACUCAAAGGAUUUGCUGUUUCUUUAUCUAUUUUGUUGAGCAGUUUUAUUUCUUGGGGGUUACUUAAUGACUUUGAACCUUCGUUUACAUUUGUUUUGGGUGCUUCGAUUGUGAUACUUUCUACUUUUCUUUAUGGUUUCGAACCUCAACGACAACAACAAAAAAUAAUAACGCCCUCAUCUUCAGAAAUUAAAUUACAAAUAAGUAAAAGUUUAAAUUAA